AUGGCCGCUAAAAUUAUUGUGUUGUUCUUUUGUUUUGUGACGUGUUUACUGCCCGUGUGCUGUGAUGUGUUGUGCCAAAAUGGAUUUUGUACGGAACACCUGAAAAAAGCGGCGAAUCAAUGCAGACCUACCGCCCCGGAUUGCGGUUAUAACAACGCGACGAGAUCUGGUCUAAGACUACCCUCACCCACUAUAUGCAAUUGUUGUGAUUACUGUCUUCCUUUGUAUGGGCGUAAUGAUGAAUGCAGUUUGGGAGGUCCAGGAGAUGGGAUUACCAUCGGGAGAUGUGGCCACGGACUUACCUGUAGCAACUCUACUAGAACAUGUGUAAGAAUGAAAACACCCUGUCAUGACGCCCAAGAUCAAUAUGACACUCGGUUUGGUCGGAACGAAAUUGGCGCGUUCGAGAGGCGGCCAUUUUGUGAUGAAAAAGGAAAGUAUGCGGCGUUCGAAUGCGUCCCUUCGCAGACUUGUUUCUGCCAAUCAGUUGAAGGGAAGAGGCUGUUUGGAGAAGUCUUGUAUACGGGACCGUUGCAGAAUAUGCCAUGUGGUUGUUCUCGCUUCAAUGACAAAGUGAAAAGCUUAAUCGAUCGAAACGUCCCGUAUCCUGUAGCAGGGCCAGCCUGCACAGGGGACGGGAAUUUCAACCCUGUGCAAUGUUUAGAUAAUAGAUGUUUUUGCGUGAAUAGGAUUACGGGUCGAAGAACCGGUUCAGAGGAGAUCAAUUUGACGAGACAGCCUAUUACGCGGUUGAGUUGUUAUGAUAAAGAGUUGGACCUAUUCCCUCAACUGUCAGAGGGCGACCCCCCAUAUAACAUGAUGACUCCAUGCUACAAGAAUAUUGAGCAGAAGAAGAAAAUAAUUGAAGGUGGGCUCAGAGGAGGAUUUAUAAUGGACUAUUUUAACACGUUCGAUGGAAUGGAGUGUUUGCCAGAUGGCAGCACUGGCAGAAUAGGAAGAUUGGUUAAUGGGAGUAAAAUAUGUGUAAAUGAGCGUUUGCAACGAAUUGGGACCUACAUCGCUGACCCUGGUACCACGGAGUAUAAUUCUAUGGACUGCAAAUGCGCCGUAACCGCAUCGCUUAUGAGUUCUUCGACAUCGCGACCGAUAUGUUGCAGGAACGGCAAUUUUAGGAGAAUACAGUGUCAUAGAGGGCUUUGCAGAUGUGUGGACUCUGAUGGUAGACAGAUUGGCAAAGAGAAUCGAAGUGUUCGAAAUUUGGAUUGUUUUAGGGAAAUAAACAAUGAUAAUUGGCAACACUGUUAA